AUGCUACCGCCAGAUACAGUUCCAGUCGCUCGUCAUACCUCAUACGAUGAUUAUCUAGGCCGCAUUGCCAUUCUCGCUGAUUUGAGAAGGCAUCUGCAGGUUCCAUUCGAAUGCCUAGUGAAAUGCGUUGGUGCCAUGCCCUCUCAGCAGGAUCUGCAGGGGAUACGCAACAACUUGACGAAGAGAAAGAUUCUCACUGACGACGAGAGCGGCUUGCGGUGGACGGAUCUUACCCCACCUGCCUCAUCGAAAGAGUCCGUAGAGGAUGCGUUUAAGCCCCUCGGUCGCAUCAUCGCUGAAAUUUUGGCAGAAGUCCCGAAACGCGGAGUGUCCUUCCUAGCGAACCCAAACGGAACACCCCUCUCGGAGCGCAACAAUACUUCCAGGCCUGAUGGAUACCUUGUACUUAACAACAACAAAACCGAGCCCAAGAUACAUUGGUUCGAUAUUGCUGUGCCACUCGAGUUUAAGAAGGAACAGAAUAUCCAGUCUCUCUGGGAUGACGAAAAGAAGAUAUUCUGGAGCCUUCACAAUAUCAUGCGCGAGGAUCCUCUUCGUCGGUUUGCGUUCGGUAUUACAAUCGAGGACACACAAUUGAGACUGUGGCUCAGCAAUCGCGCGCUCCUUGCGGUUACAGAACCUAUCAACUUCUUCGAGAACAUCGAUGGUGUUAUCUCGCUCUUUUAUGCUCUUGCGUCUGCGUCUUCUACUAUGAAAUUGCUCGGAUGGGACCCCACUGUCGAGCGGAUCCACGAUGGGAAGGAUUUCCAAUACAAGUUCACUAUCGGGGACGAAGUGUUCACCACGACAUGUGAACUUGCAACCUACGGCGCAGACUCUAUGGUUGGGCGUGGAACUCGCGUGUACGAAGCCACAGACGCCGAGGGAAAGAAGGUUGCCAUCAAAGAUUCAUGGAGAGAAGUUGGACGUCAAUCAGAGGGCGAGAUCCUAGAAAACAUCUUGGCUUCCUGUGCGGAGACGCUGCAACCGGAUGAGUUGGAAGAUGCCAAGAGGCACUUCGUUGGAGUCCGGCUCUGGGGGGAUGUCGUAAUCGACGAUACCGGAGACGAGACGCUGGACCCGAUGGUUGUAGAAGAGUAUAAUCACACCUGGGUGUCCAUCGAUCCCAAUUCCAUCUUCUCCGCGAAACCAUAUUCAUUUAGCACAGGCAAUGUACCCGACUCUGGCAUCCCACGCAGAGUCCAUACUCGCACUGUCUUCCAUGAUGUCGGAGUCGUUAUCAAGGAACUCACCUCUUUAGCCGACAUUCUGACUUGCUUGUCCGGCGCACUUAAGGCCUUGUAUUAUCUGCACAAAGCAGGCUGGAUUCAUCGCGAUUUCAGCGUCGGGAACGUAAUUUGGGUCGAGGGUAUCGGGAAAUUGGGUGACUUCGAGUACGCGAAAAAGAUAGAUCCAAACACUACUCAUCAUGAUGUUCGAACGGGAACAAUGCAUUUCAUGGCGGUGGAAGUAGAAAACCAGAAUUAUUUAUUCCCCCCAACUAUCGACCCCCCUCCGCUUGGUAGCUCCCUGAUCACCCCUCCAUUUCGCAUGAAUUUCUUGCACGACAUCGAAUCUGUAUGGUGGGCUUUUACCUGGAUCUUCUUCUAUCACACGGACACAACAACAGCGAACGCCGGCCAUCGCUUUGAUACUCAGUGGCAACAAUUCCAGUUGGCCUUCCCUGGUGCGGUCGGCCUCACAUCACGCCAGGACUUCUUCACCCACUUUCCAACAUUCUACAAUAGCUGCAAUACUGUCCUUUCAAAAACGUGCCUUGAUGUUUUUUAUCUUAUUCCUCAUUUCGCAAAAGCUCUCCACGAUGGCUAUCGAAUGGCGGAGGCAGAGUAUCCCUCGGUAGUGCUUAGCGACGCUCUUCGGGAAGAUGUGCACAAAAGAGCUGCAGAAUAUCUCGAUGAUGCGCAAACACGUGCUGGGCUUCAUCAGAUAAAACUUUGUCCGCUCCCCAACCUCCUGAAGCAGAAGAGGCUCAGACCGGGAGAUGAGACAUCGGCUCCGCCAAACAAUCAAGGGAAGAAGCCUCGAAAUGAUUGAUUUUUUAUUGUUUGUAUGAGAAAGAACCAGGAGAUGGUAGCUUGGCGUCUCGUAGCAGCUACUGAGACUUCGUGGUUACCAGUAAUAAGAAUGUUCAUAGUACUCAAUUAUGAGCAACUGCAUCACUCAAUAGCGGCCUUGGUUGUUUUUCAGCUACCGUGGAUGAAAAACCGCAAGUCGAAGAAUCACAAUCGCUCAACAGA